UCAAUAUGUUUUCUUUUAUAUAAUUAAUAAAAUAACAUUACAAUAUUAAAAGUUUAAAAAAAAUUGAAUUGUAUUUGACCGACAUUGAAUUUCUCAUGAAACCCACGUGUCUUAAAAUUGUGUGGCGCCUGUGGCUUGACAAAGCACAAACGAACAUAGUAUAUAUCCUAUUAUUCCAUUCCCAGAAAAAAAGGAAAAAGAAAAAAAUGGUAGUUCUCUGCAAUUUAUCAGCUACUGAUGCUGCUGUGAUUGUGCCUGCAAUCUUCUUCUUCAUCUUCCUCAUCAAGAAAUGGAAGAAAUCCAAAAACAGCAUUGCGAUGAAACUGCCACCCGGUCCCAAAGCACUUCCUAUAAUCGGAAACCUGCAUCAAAUAAGCUCCCCUCCCUUCCGCUGCUUCACUGACUUAGCCGCCCGCUACGGCCCCAUCAUGCACCUCAAGCUGGGCGAGGCCCCCACCGUGGUGGUGUCGUCACCGGAGAUCGCGAAAGAAAUGCUGAAAGAUCUCGACCCCAGCUUCGCCAACAGACCCAAGGGCGUGGCCUUGGAGAUCAUGUGGUACGGCUACCUGGACAUCGCCUUCUGCCCCUACGGCGACUACUGGCGGCAGAUGCGGAAGAUCUGCAUCAACGAGCUUCUCAGCCCUCGGAUGGUGCGCUCCUACGCAUCCAUCAGAAGAGACGAGGCCGCUCGCUUGGUCGAUUCAUUGAGAGAAUCUUCUGGAAGGUCCGUGAAUCUAACGGAGAAGGUCUUCACCUUCUCGUGCUCCAUCACGUGCCGCGCUGCGUUUGGCGGCUUGUGCGAGGAUAAAGAGGGCUUGAUCAAGGUGAUGAUGGAGACGGUGAAGAUGGCGGGAGGGUUUGAGAUUGAGGAUAUCUUUCCGUCUUCGAGGAUUGUGAGGGCGCUGAGCUGGAGCAAGACGAGGCUGAAGAAGAUGCGGCGCAGGCUCGAUGUGAUUCUCGAUGAUGUAAUUGAUCAGCAUGAGGAGAAUCUGGCGAAGAUGGCGGCGCCGGAGAUUCAGGAAGAUUCGGGGCGGAGAUCCGGGAAUGGUGAGUUUGGGGGUGAGGAUUUUGUUGAUGUGCUACUGAGGAUGAAGGGAGGAGAGGAGCUCAAGAUUCCUUUCGGCUAUGACAGUAUCAAAGCUGUGUUGUAUGACAUUUUCACUGCUGGAACUGAGACGACCGCAGCAACUAUUGAUUGGGCGAUGGUAGAACUAAUGAGAAACCCUAAUGUGAUGGGCAAAGCACAAGCCGAACUAAGACAAGUCUUGAAAGGAGGCAGCUGUGUACACGAAGAUGAGCUUCAUGAACUGAAAUAUUUGAAACUGGUGGUCAAAGAGACUUUUAGGCUACACCCUUCAGUUCCAAUGCUGCCUAGAGCUUCCAGAGAGGUGCGUGAAAUCAAAGGCCAGUAUGUGAUACCUGCUGGUGUUAGGGUGAUGGUCAACAUUUGGGCAAUGCAUAGGGAUCCAAGCAUCUGGAAAGAUCCAGAAAGGUUCGAGCCCGAGAGAUUCGAGAAUCAAACCUUGGAAUUUACUGGUAGUGAUUUUCAAUUCUUGCCAUUUGGAAGUGGAAGAAGAAUGUGCCCUGGAAUCAUGUUUGGUUUAGCUAGUGUAGAGUUGGCUUUAGCUCAACUGCUCUACCACUUCGAUUGGAAGCUUCCAGAAGGUGUUAGGCCACAAGAUUUGGACAUGAUUGAGAAUGAUGGUCUUACAGCUUCGAGAAAAGACGAUCUAUUUGUGGUCGCCAUUCCAUAUCAACCAUUAAUUUAAUUUGAGAUCUUAUGUUACAAAUUUGUCAUAGAUAUAUUACAUAUUCUAGUGAUGUUCUUUAAUUAAUGGAUGUUUCAUUUGCGCAUCUUACUAUUGAUGUAUUAUAUAUAAUUUGAAUAUUGGAUAAUCCAUGUCAUCAUUAGACUCCUC